GAAACCGCGUUAUUGUGGAUGAAGACACGAUAAUCAAAGUGAGACUAUCAGUCCAACGCAAGCGAUGUUCGCUGUCAGCUGCGGCAUCGUUUUUCUUGCGAUUCUCCUUGGUGUGAAAGGAACAGAAAAAGAUCCUCAGUGGGCGAGAAAACUGCAAGAGGUUCUUCAAGCUCGGGAAGAAAUUGUGUCAGCAUUUGAAAAGUACAAGGAAGAGGGAAAUGCUGCACAGGCUGAAAAACUUAUCAGUACCCUGGAGCAGUUGCCGUCUCGUCUGAAAGGGAUUGACAACCUCAAUAUAGCUGCCAUAGAAGAGGACAGAAAUCUGCUCGGAAAUCUGAAGAAAGUUCUAGACGAGCCAGUGAUUCCUCCUGUAUCAAAGUUUUUUAAAAGCAAGACCCUUCAGACAAAUUAUCGUGACCGUGGAUUAGGUUUCAUCCUGAAAACACUACGUGCCCACUACGACUAUCAUUGCAUCGCCACUCUUCUCGGUCCAUCCCCAAGUCAACCAACCAAUGUGGCUAUACCAAUAGAAACCCUGUGUUCUCGAGUAAAAGAAGACCUUGAUAAGCAAGAUGCUUACGUCUUUUCUAGCGAAAAGAUCUGUAAGAACGUCAAAUCCUGCUCUGGAUCCGAAACUCCUCAUCCUUAUGGUGACUCCGAUGGCACUAAUGUGCAAGAUGCAUGUGCUGACGGCAACAAAUGUAAUGUUGCAACCGCCAUCCCUAUGAUGGGAGCGUUGCUGUGGUACAAAACUAGCUCUUUCAUAGCACGCAGCUUUUGUAGCAAUUCUCUGAGUAGACCCGACAAGUCAUCUUUGGAAGCAGAUCUCAAAGCGAUUGAGAGAAUGGGACAACUAAUUUUGGGAUAUAGCAGCACCCUUUACUGGAAUGAUUUCUUUCAAAAAGCAGUUAGAGUACGGGCUUUUUCAAGUCUGCCAGAUGCUAUGGCACUCGUGGAGGAGAGAAAAAAUGCCAUAUCUUAUGUCUCUCUGGCCUGCAUUGAUUUACAAGCAGAAGAUAUGUGUACCGUCGGAAGCAUUUCAAAACUGUUCCAAUCAUUAAAGAAAAUCAAACUGGACCGAGGCAAUCCUCCUGCCACCCGUAACUUGCGUUUGUAUUCCAGGAUUGACAACCAAGAAAUGAUAAGUCUACAGACUCAGACUUUGCAGCAUAUUGAGCUCUUAGGAAAUAUCCGAAGCUUAGACGAAAAUUUGCAAACCGCUGUGAAAGGCAUUUCCGGGUAUUUCAAAGGCCUUGCAGAGUACGACCAGGGUAUUGCCCAAGCGGACGUUACGUUCCUGAGUGAUAAAUUGAAGGAGUUUGACACCAGAGCUGGAACUCUCUCUGAGAAGCUGGAUAAAGAUGUAAAAGAUGCUAUGAAAGCUUUGAUAACUGCCCAGGCCCUUCAAAUAGCGGAAGAAAGUCUUAUUCUGGGACUUAAGAUCGCAGAGCAUGCCAAUCCCUUGAAGGUAAUCUUUGGCGGAGUAGAAGCAGGCGAUAUCUAUGAGCAAACAGCAGAGGUCGCAAGGGCCAUUGCGGAACCAGCAAGAGGUAUUGCCUUAAUGGUUAAUCUUGCCAGUGUGUAACACGACAUGUCAAGAUUAGCUAAAGACUUUCAAGAUAACGCAGCUCAGAUUUCAAAUCUCAACGACAUGGUCGAAGCAAUUAAGAAGAACAAGAUUGACGACAUUGGUUUUGAUGCAGACAGGUUUAUAAAAGGCUAUGGAGAUUACACUCCAAAAGUUUCGAAAGCUCGGCUCGCUCAAAAUGAUGCGCUGUGGGCAGCGUUUAAGGGCUCGACUUGCGAUCUGUUGUUUAGUGCUGAAGGUAUUGGCGCUUCUGCAACUCAGGGUGUUGAAGGAGGUAUGCUGAUCUGUGAAAAUCUGGAGGGAACUUUGGCCGAAUUUGCUGCCCUGAGAGAAAACAUUUUCGAUUUUCAAUUUGAUCUUGUUGAUGCUUUAGCAGGCGUUGUUCGUGGCGAGGUCGCUAAGAAGCUAGCGCAAUCUAUAACUGUAUCAAAUGACCUUCUGAGCGCAAGUCAGCUUAUGCUGGGCUUUUUUAUGGCACAAUACCGUCUUCAAUCGCAUGCUGCCUUGUAUUGUGAUAAAUUAGAGUAUCUCAACCAAGGUAAGAAAAUUGGCGAGUGCACAUCGACUGGAUUCUUUACGAAAAAUAUCUUAGACACUCUAAUAGCCUACGACCCAAUCUCAACAUUUCACGAGGUUGAACGAUUUGUCUACAUACCAACUCGUCCUGAGAACAAUUUCGAUACAGGCUUUAUAAAUCUGCCUUCUCUGGCAAAAGGGAACCCCGUUACCUUCCGUAUACCAGCGCGCCGAUCAUGGUUACUAAGAUAUAACUGGUUAGUUAGUGGAGAGAAUUUAGCACCAUUUGUCCAAAGCUUCAAGCUUUACCUUCCCCUUAAAGAAUAUAAAACAGGGAGCGCUAAAGAGCAUUCAGGAACCCGUGUUGAACUGAAGUCUGUCGCAGGUAGCUCAUUUACUGAAACAGGUGAAGUCGUGUACAAUGUUCCUUUAGCGGACAGCAACUACGUUACAACGUACACUGAAGGAUUUGAUCGAUGCCCGAAUGGGAAAGAAAUGUCCAAUCCAUACGGCUUAUGCAACAAUCUUCCCACCAUCUGUGAUACCAGUACCAGAGUGACGCCCAAUCCUGAAACACUAAUGCCAACUGUUCUAUCAACAUGGAAACUCACCUUCACCAAGAACUCAGGGGAACAAGUCUUGACAUGGAACGCCCCAAAUCCUGCCACCAAUCUUCUAAUCAUUGGAAGAGUCAAACUUCGUUUCCUUCCCCAAGUCAAGAAAAGGCGCUUUAUAGGGCGACUUAGAGAUGAGCCAGCCGAAGGGUGUUGCUCUGGGAAUACUUACCGCGCAGACUGGAGAAACAGAGCCUGUACGUCUUGCCCAUCUCCCACAACAUGCCCAUUUCCCAAACCCACUUCAUGCCCAACUGAAUCAGUCAUUAAUUUAAGAGGAUAUUAUUGUGAAAAAGGAAAUGAGGAUGUGGCAAAGGAACCUCCCAGCAGCUAGGAGUGCAUGAUCAAAUAGAAGCUGUUUCAGAAAACAGUUCGAGUGAUUAAGAAUGGUGCAAUCUCGCUCGCUUAAAUAUCUCAUGAAUGUUAAUAAUUGUUUACUUUUAGUUUUCAAGAAUUAGAAAAAAGCGGUGACAAACUCUGCGCAAAUACUGUUAAAAUGAUUCUUAGUGAUACGAAUUAAAUCACCGAUAAACGUU